AUGAAGCUUUCAAGCGCCACCGUCGGACUCGCAGUUGUCACUGUCUCCUCGAUUGGACCUCCUUCCGUGGCCCAACAACCAGGCAGCAACGUCCCGGAGAAGCACCCGUCCCUGCCAUCGCAGGUCUGCACGAAGAUCACCGAUGUCCUGGCUCAAGUGGAUCAGGCGGACUCGAAGGUUGUCAAGUGCAUCACCGAGAAAUCGUCCGUGGUGAUCGAUGCCAACUGGCGGGACAUGACCCCGAAAGAGUGCGCGAAAAUCUGCGGACUGGAAGGCGCCGACUACGCUGGCAAGCACAACAUCACAACCUCCGGCGACACACUCAACAUGAAGCUGGAGACGACUGGCGGCGUGGGCACCCGCGUCUACAUGCUGGACGCGUCGGGGAAGAAGUACAAGCAGUUCAAGCUGCUGAACCAGGAGUUCACGUUCGACGUCGACAUGUCCUCGUUGCCCUGCGGCUCCAACGGCGCUCUCUACUUCUCCAAGAUGGACGCAGACGGCGGCACCUCCCGCUUCCCGACCAACACCGCUGGAGCUGCGUACGGCACGGGCUACUGCGACGCCCAGUGCCAGAAAGACGUGAAAUUCAUCAAUGGCGAGGCCAACCUGAAGAGCACGUACGGCUCCUGCUGCACUGAGAUGGACAUCUGGGAGGCUAACAGCAUGGCUACAGCCUACACGACGCACCCGUGCUCGACCGAUGGCCAGCAACGAUGCAUCGACGACGAGGACUGCGGAGCCACCGACGAGACGCGCUACACGGGCUGGUGCGAUAAGCAUGGCUGCGACUUCAAUCCGUUCCGCAUGGGCAACAAGAAGUUCUACGGCCGUGGCAAGAAGUACGAGAUCGACACGACUCGCCCCUUUAUUGUCGUUACGCAGUUUCAGGACGACCGUGUGGUGCGCAACCCGAAAGCGACGUGGCCCGCGCUGAACGGCACGAAUUUAAUCUCGGACGACAUGUGCAACACGUCCAAUGCGUAUUUCGGCGACCACCCGUACGUUAUGGGCGGCUUAGCCCAGCUCGGCAAGCAAAUGGUGGGCGGCAUGACUUUGGCUAUGAGCAUCUGGGUCGACUACGGGUCGAACAUGACGUGGCUGGACAGUUACUCGACUGGGGCCAACCCGAAGACGCCUGGAGUUAUGCGUGGUAGCUGCCUGAGUGACGGUGGUGACCCUGAGAGCGUGUUUGCAGAGAGCCCCGACGCGACGGUGAAGUUCAUGAACAUCCGCUCGGGCGAUUUUGGAUCCACCUACUAG